AUGGCACAGCUCGCAAACAUCAGUUGGCCUAACUUCGUUGCCUUCAAUGGUCAAUUGACAGUGGCUACCUUCCAGACACCUGCCAUUGGCGGCGUGGCACAAGCAGCAAUCGAGUUUACCAACUGGCUCGACCAAAUUCGCCAGAAUCCUGCACACUUUGGCUUUUCUUUUGCCUACCAGGCCCCCGUGGUACAACUUCUUGAUACCUUCUUUCCUGCGGGCGUCAGGGCACGGCGUUUCAGCACUGGUCCUCCUCCGCCAUUACAAGCUGGCCAGGCUGUCGCCCUUCCGAUAAUGGUCCCAUAUGGCAACACACAGAUGGGCAUUGUGGACGGUCCUACUGCGCUGGGUUACAUAUUCAGCGUUGUAAGCCCCCCUGCUGGGCUGGACCAAACCUGGCAGGAAUACUUUCUUCCCCUCACGGUGCUUUAUUCAUGGGCCGUCUACCUAGCCUACAUCAGCUUUCUUGGCGCUCCAUCAACUGUUCUGCCAGAUAUUGAAGCAGUCCCCCGCAUGACCUGUGUCAUGUAUCUAGAACGGAAGAACCUGGCACCGUACUUUUUUCUUGGUCAAACUAAGGCUAGGGCUGGACGCAAUACCGCCCAAUGGGCCCAAGAUGAGUUGGACAACAAGCUCUGUCUCAACUAUCGAGCUCAGAUGGUGUUCAACGCAGCCCAAUUUGGGAACCCACCACUGCCAGAAGCCUCAGACCAAUGGCAGGUGCGCAUGAGGGAAACCUUGUUCGAGAUACUACCCGGUGCCAACGGGCCGCUCCUCGCUGUAGAGGACUUCUUACAACAAGUUUUCUCAGGCUGGGCAAACAACCAAAACAUCCAGGCUCUUUUACCUCCUCUACCUGUUGGUUUUGGGGUGGUAGACAUGUUAGCAGACCUUCAGCGUCUUCUACUUGCUGUGACCAUUGCAGCUUGGGUCAAUGCUGGCACGCCCAUGAGCUGGCCACCAGGAAAUAUGGCUUCCGCCAACCGCCUGAGGAAUGCCCAUACUCAACAGGCCAUGCGGGAUGCCCUUGAUGCUCUUGUCGAUGCCCAAACUGCAGGUCAGACGCCCCUGCAAAUGACACCGCUGUGGAUCAAGCUGCUUGAGCUUUACAUUGUUCCUAUUAUUCGCGUGCCACCUAACACGCUACCAAACCCAACCUUCCCUCCCGGUGGCUAUGCGCCAGAUGCACCGGGUAUGACAGCUCUCGUCAACGGCAUAGCUACGGGACUAUAUACGAUAUUUUCAAUUCCCUUGAACAUCAAGCUGCGGAAAGCUGUGCAGCUCUGUCGAGGCCAUUCAACACCAGGGCUGAUUGCUGCAAACGAGAUUGCCCGAGAACAGCAAUGGAUAGCACGAUUUCGACGAAACACAACAGAAGAUUAUGGCCGGUGUGCCGAGACAUACCCGGCAUCUGCUAUUUCUGCGUUUGCGUUUUGCUCCUCCCCAGCAUGGGUCAACGCAAGCGAGUCACUCUACAACCUCAUGUCUAAGACCCCCGUCAUCUCCUCAAUCACACACUUAUUUGUCAUGGGGACCUUUUUCAAUCAGUUUCUUGGCGGAGAAACAGUUGAGAGCUGUAUCCCAAAGAUCAAGGCGCUCCGCCAAGAAAACAUCGGCACUCUGCUCGGCUACAACAUCGAAGCUGAACUGGAUGGCUCCAGCAAGGAUCCCGACCUCAUUCUCAACCAGACUCAGCACGUGCUCUCUUCAAUUGAGGCGCAAGGAAGGCUCGCCAAGCAGUUUUCGCCAGAUGCCGCCACUACCGGAGGCGACAACAGGUGCUGGGUUAGGAUAAAAAUAACCGGCCUCGUACCUCACCCAGUGGCCCUGUGCAAUGGUUCAAAGGCAGUUUUGGCUGCAAGAGCCGCAAGGGGUUUGGAUAAGAAUGUCCCAUAUCCAGGUCUGCCCCAUGACGGCGACUGGGACGCCGCGCUCAACGGCCAAGGUGUCACUCAAGCUGACCGUGAGCAGCUACUCCGUCUGAAGGCUACCAUGGAGACCAUCGCAGGAAAGGCACGAGAAAACAGCGUCCGCAUCGUGAUUGACGCGGAACAGACCUGGUACCAGCCAGUUAUUGACGCCCUCACGGACGAGCUAAUGCAGAAAUACAAUGCCCUGGAUGGUGGCCCAGCGACCUGCAUCGCCUCGUUUCAAGCCUACUUACGAAGGUACCCGCAACUCCUUGACGAACAGAUCCGACGCGCGGAUGAGAAGGGCUACAAACUGCUUUUCAAGCAGGUUAGGGGAGCGUAUAUGGUGACUGAGGCAGAGAGAUGGGAGAAGGAGGGCCAUCAAGGCCCAAGUCCGGUAUGGUCGACCAAGGAGGAGACAGAUGCGAGCUUCAACUACGGCAUCGAGAAGGCGCUGUCGACCAUUGCGGAGCAAGUGCGCCAGACCGGGUCUUCCAGGAUCGGGGCGGUCUUUGCAACGCACAAUUCCAUCAGCGUCGGUCUCGGUAUCCGAUUAUUGGAAGAAUACGGAUUGGCCAAGCGACAGGAGGAGAGUGGGAAGUUCGUACUUUCGAAGGAGGCUGCGGGAAGCAUUACCUUCGCUCAGUUAUACGGUAUGAAGGACGACCUCACGAAUAAGAUCACCGGAUCUAUCGAGGCAUCAGGGGGCCUCGCGCUAGUUGUCAAAUCCAUGAGCUAUGGCGAUUUACGCGAGUGUCUGCCCUUUCUCGCUAGAAGAGCGACCGAAAACAAGGCGGUUCUUGACGGUAGAGGAGGUGCAAUGGCUGAGAGGAUUCGACUGGGACGUGAAAUUCGUAGGAGAUUCACUCCCCUCAAGUAG